ACCCACUCCACUAUAUAACUAUCUCGACCUUUAUUUGUUUUCUCUCAUCAACUCAAACUUGUAGCACUGAAGUGAUAAGUUUCUUUCACAUUACCUUUCGAAAAUCCUCCGAUUUCUUCCCUUGUUAAUAAAACUUCAAAUGGCCACUUCAUCGGUGAUGCAGUCCAUCCUGGUGAGCCCGGUGGUGAGCGUCGCGAAAGGGUUGGGUUCGAAUCGGUUGAGCCCUUACUGCCGUAUGCCCCAUCAGAGGAGGAGUUCUAGCAUUGCAGUGCGCUGCACGGCCGAGGAUGGUGAUCAGAAGGAGCAAGCGGCACCCACGGCCACUCCAUCAACUCCGUCACCCCUGCCGAUUCCUCCACCUCCCCCGAAGGCUAAGGUCAGCACCGAUUUCUCCGACGUGUUCGCAUUCAGCGGUCCGGCGCCGGAGAGAAUCAACGGCAGGCUCGCCAUGAUCGGCUUCGUGGCUGCGAUCGCCGUGGAACUAUCCAAGGGCGAGGACCUGUUCGCCCAGAUAUCCAACGGCGGGAUCCCGUGGUUCCUGCUGACCACCGGUGUGCUGUCCGCAGCGUCUCUGAUCCCUUUGUUCAGUGGAGUGACCGUGGAGUCGAAGUCGAAGCCGUUCUGGAGCUCCGAUGCUGAGAUGUGGAACGGAAGAUUUGCUAUGCUGGGUUUGGUUGCAUUGGCCUUCACCGAGUUUGUCAAGGGUGGGGCCCUAAUUGUAGGUCCUGUUUGGAUGGAAAUUCAGAAUUAUCAAAAUGGUGUCACAUUUGUAGUUGGACCCACAAAAAAUAUGUUAAAUUUUGUAAAGAUGUCGUCAUUAGUAAUGUUUUGAUAAUGUAUCAUUGCGGCUUUUAAAUGCACUAAAAUUUAGGAUGA